CAAACCAAACUAGACUAAUCUACUGUUAGAGCGCAUGGAUGGAUUGAAUGGAUGUGAGCAUAGUGGAGAAGGACGCGCUAAGAGACCGGACAGAGCAGCGUUUCUGGAGUGAAUAAGGAUGAUUAUGCUGUGUAUUCCCCUCUCCCCACGUUAUUGAUUAAUUAAUUUUAAAUGGAAAAGUUAAAUUUAGCACAAAAUCUGCUUUGAGAACUUUCUUUGCUGAAAGGGAGUAUAUGAAUAUUCUUCAUCAUCAUAUAAUAUGAAGAACAAACUACAGGCAAAAGUAAUAAUGUGUUGUUUUUUUAAGUUAGUGACAGAACACUAUCAACGAAAGAGUCAGGCAAGCCUCCUAUGUGGCAGGGAGUUCCACAUGCUGGAUUCUGCUCCAAGAAAAUUCCUUACUCAAAGUCAAAAGAAUUAAAAUUUAGGUUUCUGUCCUGUCUUUGCACUUCUGCUUUGGAGUACAACCGGUUGAUUUCAGUGGUGUUUCAUUGGUUUAUAUCCAUGAGAGUAACUCUUGUUGAAGUUCAAAAGGCAAAAUAGAGUAAUAACUUUAUUAGGACCAACUAAAAUAUUGCAAAAUGGAGUGCAAGUUUUGGGCCACCCCAAAAGUUGCAGAGAAAAAGGAAGACACAUACCAAUGAGAAGCAACUAGAACAGCCACUUGCCAAGCGUUUGGAGUUUCAAGCAGCCAGCAGCUCAGUUUAAAAAAACUGGCCAGGCAAAUGUUCCCAGCAAUCUGGGGGAAAGAGGAGAGAAGAGAAAGCGCCUACAACCUUCACCAGCCAAGCUAAAGUCUCUCUAUGUCUCACCUUAGCAGAUUUCCUGUUCCUGAAUUGGUGAUCUCUCAGCUUCAGCAAAGGGGAGAUCCAUGGAAUCCAGAUCUUCCAUCCAGAAACAAGAGACCAAUAUCCCACUGGACGACGGACUAGGGUAUCCUGAUGUGAUAAUAAAACUUGAGCAAGAUGAGGAGCCAUGCUUGACCAUAAAGUUGGAACAAGAAGAAGAGCCUUUGGGAUCGGCUGACCAGGAAAGUGAAAUCUUACUGGGCACCACCUCAGGAUUUCCUGCUGUGAUAAUAAAAAAGGAAGAAGAGGAAGAGCUGUGGGUACCAUAUUACCAGGGCUCUGAGGAAAGUGCCUUCCCACCUGCCCACUUAGAAGAUGCGCACACAAGGACCUAUGUGGGAGAGAAAGCGAACAAAUGCUCAGACUGUGGUAAAAACUUCUCUCAGAGAUCUAGCCUCAUUAGACAUAAGAAAACCCAUACAGGAGAGAAACCGUACAAAUGUUCAGAGUGCGGGAGGAGCUUCAGUCAGAGAUCUAUCCUGACCAGACAUGCGAGAACUCAUACAGGAGAGAAACCAUAUAAGUGCUCGGAGUGUGGCAAAAGCUUCCGUCACAGAUCAGCGCUCCUCAGGCACAGGAAGACGGAAGCAGGGGAGAGGCCGUAUCAAUGCUCUUACUGUGGGAAGGGCUUCAUUCAAAGGUCGAACUUCCUCAUACACGAGAGAAUCCAUACGGGAGAGAAACCAUAUCAGUGCCUGACCUGUGGGAAAAGAUUCAUUCAAAAGUCGCACCUUCUUAUCCAUGAGAUGACACACAAGUGAGAGGAACCCUAUCAGUAUGGAAAGGGAUCCACUCACAGCUUAAGCCUUUUCAUCCACAAAAGAACCCACACAGGAGUGAAUUCAUAUCAGUGCUCUGACUCUGGGAAAAGCUUUGUUGACAAAUAGACCCUUAAUUGACACAACAUACAGGCUGCAGGAUUCAGGUUUUUUAAUGUUUUUGCUUGAGUAUGUUUUACACACACACACACACACACACACACACACACACACACACACACAAAGGUGUGAGAAAGAGAGGGACUAGGAGCAAUCCCUGAGAACUGAUCUUGGGUUGUAUUGAUUACAGCAGUUCUGAACAUUUGUUUGAUUCUAAUAAAGCAUUCUUGAUAUUUUUA